AUUGGAAUCUAGUUUAGAUGUGAGACAAGAGGCAUUCGGCUGUUGAAAGCGUGACAAAUAAAUUGCGUAAAAUCAUUCCAUUUGAAGUGAGUUGAGCGCAAGUUAAUCGAGUGAAAAUUUGGUUUUGUAUGGUUAAAUAACUUAGAAACGGAGUUCCAUGAGCUUAUAAUUGUACAUAUUAUUAGCAGUUGUUGCGCAACAAACAGUCGGUCCUUUGUUAAUUUGUCAUUUUAAGAGGAAAGUGAAGAUUGCCAGUCAUCAAAAAUCAUUUUUGUUUUUGACAACCGCAGCAACAUCGUGACAAAAUGCCGAAAAAACCACCAAAGAACGGCUUCUUCUACUACAUGUUGCAUUUCAAAGAAGAAGAACGCCGGAAAGGACGUCAUUAUAAUGCACUUUCAGACGUAUCGGCUGCUGCGUCCACAAGCUGGCAGAACAUGACGGCCCAACAACGGGGACCAUUUGAGAAGCAAGCCAAAGAGAUGAAAUGCGGCCCGAGAAGAGAAGCGGAAAAGUACACGUCGCAGGGAAUCGCUUUGUCGGUCAUUGAGCGAGCACAGAAGAAGUUGGAACAGGAAAAUCGCACCAUGAUGCGUACGAUUCAGGACACCGUCGUGCAUGGAUUCACCAACAAUACCAUUGCAUCGCAAGAAUUCAUCUUCAUUUCCGGCAAUUAUUUUAUUAACAUCAACGAACACUACCUGCCCGCAGAGAUUGCGAUGGUGAGAUUCUCGUUCGAACACGGAAUUAUCAGCAAAUUCCACACGUACGUGGAUCCAGAAAAAGUGCCAAUGGGCUACCUGUUCGAUGCGAAAGACAAUUCGGAGAAGACUCAUCGGCUGCCCAUACCUCCUAAUUCCAAGGGCGAGAGGAACUAUAAAUGCAUUUUGGACCAAAUGAAACAAUUCAUGGGCGAGCCAAUGCCGAUCCUGUUCACGUCGAAAGAGACCAUUCCCAUGAUCAAGUCAUUCAUUCAAUCGUUCAUCGAUUUCGGCAACAACGACGACAUCGAUGCCUAUCGGGUGUAUCAGUUGCAUCUGUUGUUCUUCGAAAUCAAGGAGAUGGCCGUCAAAAACAGUCCGACGGAACGAAAGUCAUUCAAAUCGGUUCACAUUGCCGAAGAGCAUCUGCGACGCGAUGAUUACGCGUAUUUGGCCGGUACGGCAUGCUCGUACCACGAGGAACUGGAUUGCGCGAAAUACUGUGCUCUGGCCCAUGUUCAAAACUGGGCGUACAUUUUCCUGGAUCACAUCUGCGUCGACUUGUCGAUUGGCCUAAUUUCCGGCAAACAUUUUCCGCCCGAAAUCGACAUCAGUCACGUACAAGAUGCCACACAGAACGACUUAUCGGUCAGCAAUCUCAAUGACACUGAAAUGAACGUCACCAACGACACCAAAAACCGAACGUACACGGAGUACACGGACGAGGCACAAUCAUCUUGUGCCGCAACAGCAUCGCAAGCACCGUCUUAUUGGUCCGGACGGCCGCAGAGACCGGAGUUCGUUCAGAGCAACGACGAAGCCUUUCCGUCAUUGGGCAGUCGCAAUCGUAAAUCCGGUCCAGCGGCAAAGCGUCCCAAUCAACGUGUCAUCGACGAUCCGUGGAAUACGUCGACAUCGUCAAGCGGUAGCAAUCCGUGGAUUCAACGUGGCGAGUUUGAAAGCGAUUCGGACGAGCCGAGAUCAUUUGUUGAAUCUGAGUUGAAUUCAUCUCAUUUGCGGGGUAUGGGUCGCGGUAGCGCACUGUAUCGGAUGGAAUCGGGCUUCGGACGCGGUGGUCAUCGCAAAUAGCUGGUCCAUCUCAGCUCCGUAUUCAAAUUGUUAAGCCAACGAGAAUUUUUGAUUAAUUUUUUUUUGUUAAAUGCAACUUCUGCAUUGCUGUCCCUGACACCAUUACAAAACGAAAGUAAUAAAAAAGAAAAAUGAAAUUCGGA